AACGAAACGGCAGGACAGGAGGAUGAAUUCGAAAACAAGGGGAUAGAAUUUCCCCCGAACGCGGAAGGCGGAACACAUCCAACUUUCCCAUGUAAAGCCCUCUCCCCCUCGGCGAAACCCUAGCUCCUCUCCUCUCCUCUUCCUCGUCCUCGCAGCACAAAUGUCCGACCGCCGCCACGACCGGGAGAAGCCCCGCGACCGCGACCGGGAACGCGGCCGAGACGGCGAGCGCGACCGCGAGCUCGACCGCCCCCGCGACCGCGACCACCGUGACCGCGACCGGGACAAGGAGAGGGAUCGAGAUCGCGACCGCGACCGCGAACGCCGCCGUGGGGAGCGUGACCGGAAGCGCUCCCGCUCUCCCUCCGCCGACCGCUCCCACCGCCGCCACUCCCACUCCCACUCCCACCGCGGCCGCUCGUCCCCGUCCCCGGACGCCGGCCGCCACAAGCGCCGCCGCGACGGGUCCCCCGCCGCCGCCGCCACCGACCACAAGGACGACAAGAAGCCGGAGGCCCCCGUGGUGCCCAAGAGCGCCGCCGGGGACGGGGUCGCGCCGGGCGACGGGGAUGUGGACGUGGAGGAGCUGGAGAUGAUGAAGAUGAUGGGGAUCCCCGUCGGCUUCGACUCCACCAAGGGGAAGCACGUCCCCGACGCCGACGUCAGCGGGGUGCGCGUCGUCACCAAGCGGCAGCCGCGGCAGUACAUGAACCGCCGUGGCGGGUUCAACCGGCCCCUUCCACCGGAGCGCAACCGCUGAGGAGAGGAAGGAUGAUGAAGAUAUUCUGAUAUUGGGUUGCAUUGGACUACUGGAACAUGUUGCUGUCUUGCUGGACAUAGUAGGCAAUGAACUGCUACUGAGCAUGUAUAACCUUGAUGGCUAGUUACUUCGCAAAACUUUGUAGACUAUGGGAUCUCUCUUUUUUCAUCAAUUGCUCUGUCGACAUUCCAGGGAUACAGAAUUUGGUGGCUCAUUUUGAACUAUGGGUUUACAACUUUCCAUGCUGUUUCUGCAUAUAAUUUGGUAAUGGGACGACAAACUGAAACAGCCUUUACUUUCAGUUGUAGAUUCUGGAAUGAGUUUAUUGGUGAUGGGUGAUGGUUACAAAUUUGGUGGGUGAUGGUUGCAAAUUUGGCCGCAGCUUUAUACUCUGAACGUCUUGCUGAGUACUAUCUUGCAUGCAGCGUUAUAAUUCUGAAUAUGUCGUUAAAUUUAACUUUCAUAUAGCUUUGGUUAACGGCCGAGUUUUGCCUGUAACUGGUCAAGAGUUGGUUUCCCCUGAAUUUUACUGUAGUUAUAUGGUUGGCUGUUGGCAAGGUAAAUUGUCCGCAACUGCACAUUAUCCAAGUUGAUUAGCCCCUAGGUUUGCAAAUAGCAGAAACCAUUUUUAAGCCGGUGCUGACGUUUAAAUUUCAA